UAUAAAAGAGGACAUGGGAAGAGAAACUUCCAAAUUUGAGAAACUCACUCUCCUAGAAACUCACCCAGAACCUCCACUGUCUGACACCAUGGUCAGCUCCUGUUGUGGCUCCAUCUGCUCUGACCAGAGCUGUGGCCAAAGUCUCUGCCAGGAGACCUGCUGCCGCCCCAGCUGCUGCCAGACCACCUGCUGCAGGACCACCUGCUGCCGCCCCAGCUGUGGUGUGUCCAGCUGCUGCCGCCCGGUCUGCUGCCAGCCCACCUGCCCUCGCUCCACCUGCUGCAUCUCUAGCUGCUGCCGCCCCUCCUGCUGUGGGUCCAGCUGCUGCAGGCCUACCUGCUGCAUCUCCAGCUGCUGCAGGCCCCAGUGCUGCCAGCCUGUGUGCUGCCAGCCCACCUGCUCUCACCCCACCUGCUGCAUCUCUAGCUGCUGCCGCCCCUCCUGCUGUGCGUCCAGCUGUGGGUCCAGCUGCUGCAGGCCUACCUGCUGCAUCUCCAGCUGCUGCAGGCCCCGGUGCUGCCAGCCUGUGUGCUGCCAGCCCACCUGCUCCCACAUCUCCAGCUGCUGCCGCCCCUCUUGCUGUGGCUCUAGCUGCUGCCUGCGCCCAGUGUGUGGCCGGGUCUCCUGCCACACCACUUGCUAUCGCCCCACCUGUGUCAUCUCCACCUGCCCCCGCCCCGUGUGCUGUCCCUCCUCUUGCUGCUAAGCCACCUCUCUGAACCCACCCUCUCCUCUUUAUCCAUCUUAUCACAGAAGCAGACUCCUUGUGCUGUCCCUCUUCUUGCUGCUGAGCCCUCUGCCCUGUGACCACUGUCUCCAUUUACCUCUGUCCCCAUAGAUGCAGACCCUCCUUUGGGGUUGAUGUUGCUCAGCUAAACUGGGCUUCAUAAUUCCCGUGAGGAACCAGACCAAGCUGUUGAAGGAGAUGGAUAUGGCAUGGAGCACUUCUCCAGUAACAGAUUUUCCCCUUUCAACUGAAAAUUGGUAAACUCAUUCUUCUAACUUCUUUUCCUAAGACUUUUCUAUAACCUGAUCUAUUUCUGUACCAAAAUAAAGUGAUACUUUCCUGUAAUAAAAA